GCAUUGUCUUUUGGCAUGCCAGAGAUGCUGAAAUACCUGUCUAUUUUUCAAAGAGAUGUUUUUUGAAAAUAUUUUUCAAAAACUUCCGUAAUGUGGCUGCCCCAGCUCUCUGGAACCAGUUACCUCCUGAGGUCCGGACCAUCCCCACCCUAUUGGCCUUCCGAAAAGCGGUGAAGACCUGGCUCUUCCGGCAGGCCUGGGGCCGUUGAUCUCGCUGCUGCGAUUUGGCGAGAUCCGGCCAUGAAUGCUUUCACAUGUUUUGAAGAUCCCGCCAGAAAACCUGGUAAAAUCAAUCUCUGCUGUUCCAGUAUCAAAAAAUAGGCAAACUGCUGAGUUCCAGUUUUCUAUGAGUCCUAUAUUAGACGCAAAUUCUACAAAUUACACCACUUCAGAUAUUAAUCUUCAGGCAGAAGAGCUGGCAAACAAGCUAAAAUGUGAUGCAGUCGUGAGCCAAAUCAGCCCAGGUAAAGGAACAGUAGAUUUCACAAUAAAUCGAGACUUAUUAGCAAAGACAGUGUUGCAGCAAGUAUUUGAAGAUGGCUCUGAAUACGGAAUAAAGAGCGAACUUUUCUCAGGCUUGCCAAAAAGAAAGGUUCUGAUUGAUUUUAGUUCACCCAACAUUGCAAAGAAAUUUCACGUUGGUCACCUGCGUUCUACAUUAAUAGGGAAUUUCAUAGCAAAUAUCAAUGAAGCGAUUGGACAUCAAGUAACAAGAAUAAAUUAUCUUGGAGACUGGGGCAUGCAGUUUGGGCUGUUGGGAGCUGGCUUCCAGUGGUUUGGUUCUGAAGAAAAACUAAAAUCUAAUCCUUUGCAGCAUCUUUUUGAGGUUUAUGUACAGGUCAAUAAAGCUUCAGAAGAGGAUGAAAAUAUUAAAACUCUGGCACAAGAUUUCUUUAGAAAAUUGGAAGCACAGGAAGAAGAGGCUGUGUCAUUGUGGCAACAUUUUAGAGAUGUUAGCAUUGAAGAAUAUGCUCGGGUUUAUAAGCGUCUCGGAAUCUACUUUAAUGAAUAUUCUGGAGAAUCAUUUUAUCAAGAGAAAAGUAAAGAAGUUCUAAAGAGGUUGGAUGCAAAAGGACUUCUUACAAAAAUAGAAGGAGUAGGAAAAGUUUGUCUUUCUGAAAAUGGAGACCAGGUUGCUGUGAUGCGUAGCGAUGGAACUUCACUUUACUUAACAAGAGAUCUUGCUGCUGCUAUAGACCGAAUGGAAAAAUAUAACCCUGACGUUAUGUUAUAUGUCACAGAUAAAAGUCAGAGCUCGCAUUUUCAACAGAUGUUCCAGAUUCUGAAAUUACUUGGUUUCAGUUGGGCAGAAAGGUGUCAACAUGUACCCUUUGGGAGGAUUCAAGGCAUGAAAACUCGACAAGGAGAAGUGAUUUUCUUAGAAGAUGUUUUAAAUGAAACUUGUUCCCUGGUAUUAGAAAGACGUGCCUCAACAAAAACCACAAAAGAAUGUGACAAUCCUCCUGAGAUCGCAGAACGGAUUGGGCUCGCAGCACUUAUCAUUCAGGACUUCAAAGGCCUUUUAUCGUCUGACUAUCGGUUUAACUGGGAUCACGUUCUUCAAAGCAAAGGCGAUACGGGUGUCUUCUUGCAAUAUACACAUGCCAGGCUGCACAGUUUAGAAGAAAUAUGUGGUACUGUCAAUCAAGGCACUCCCGUGAACCCUGCCUGUUUACAAGAUCCAUUAGCAAUAUCCGUACUUCAACAUCUUCUCAGAUAUGAUGAAAUUAUUUACCAAUCUUCACAAGAUCAUCAGCCGAAGCAUAUUGUUAAUUAUCUAUUUAAACUCAGUCAUUUAGUAUCUGCAGCUCACAGAAAUCUCCCUGUGAAGGGCAGCCCUCUGGAACUCGCUCAGGCAAGACUCUGCCUUUUUCACGCUGUUCGGUCUGUUCUAGCCAACGGAAUGAAGCUUCUAGGAAUCACACCUGUAGAUAAAAUGUAAUGAGGCAACUUCCUUGAUGCUGUUUCUAUGUAUCGCUUAUGGAGAUGAUCUGAUCUCCGAUUUGGACUUUGUGGCCUUUCCAGAGUGGUGGGAAUAUUCGGAAGCCCCUGUGAUGUGAAUUUUUCUUCUCUAUAAUAAAGCCAGUUCCAGGUUUUAUUGGUAUUUGAAUUAAAUGGCUGUAAUCCACCCACCAUGUGGACCAGGCUGUAGGAUUAUGGCUUUGACCUGCUCUGAAAACCACUUGGAAAUUUCAGCAGCUGUGCAAUUGGCACCAAAUAAUAGUGCUUAAAAAUUAAAUUUUUGAUUGGCGUAGGAAGCUAAUGCCUCCUAAGGCAGCAUUUAACAUCCAGCUGCCUGCAAUUACUGCAAGUUCAAUUCUCACCAGGCUCAAGGUCGACUCAGCCUUCCAUCCUUUCUAAGGUGGGUAAAUUGAGGACCCAGUUUGUGGGUGCAAUAAGCUGAGACUGUAUAAAUAUACAAAAGUAUGAAGGCUAUUGCUUAACGCAUUGUAAGCCGCCCUGGGUCUCCGGAGAAGGGCGGCAUAUAAAUCAUUUUUUUUUUAAAAAAGCCAUUUUGUAUUUUUGCAAUACAAAGCUUUAUCAUUAUGAGAAUAUUAGACCUAUGGAGUGGGGUUUUUUUUCCUUUUUGUUCCUCAUAUGCACUUGGCUUGAAAGGUGGGCAUUUUUUUUUUAAUAUAUGCAGUACAUUUAUUUUUAAAAGCUAUCUUGCCAUUAUGAGUUAUGGAAAUCCUGUGGAUGCCUUACCUGGUGCUUCAUCUGACUUUAAAAACUUUUCAGACUUUCUUUUAUGAAAUAAGAUGAAGCUGCUAUGCUCCAAGGAAAAUCACCAGCCUCUACCGGUAAAAUUCUUUUAAAAAGCACCCUGUGGGCUACCUGUACAUUUGCACAGUAGGCCAUUGCAAUCUGAUGUUUUAUUAAAGAACACCUGCCAGCCCUGGAAGCCAUCUUUUUCUUUGGAUCUUCAGGGCUGCCACAUUUAGUGCUGUGGGAAACUGGGAGGGGGGAUUGCAUGGAGUGGUGGAGAUAUCUAGCCAUAAUAACAUUCCUUCCUUUGAGAGUCAAGGACUUUUGGCCUGCACCUGGAGUGGCAUGACUGGGAGGCAUCUCCAGUUGGAAAGGUGCAUUGAUUGGAUCAUGUGAUGGACAUGUGGGUGCAGGGGAAGGGACUUGCACUUUCUUUUGGGUGGGGAAAACUUGGAAGCUUUCAGAUUUGGGUUUUCCCAGAUGUGCCAAUCUGACAUCUCUAAUAAAAUGGAACUUUGAGGAA